GCUAACCUGAGGCUCUGUCCGUAUCUUAAUCCCAAACUAGAUGUUCGGAACGAUCUCGCCUGUGUGGAGAACCUGGCCCAGAUGCAAUCGCUCCGAGUUGCCCAUCCCACCCUAAGUCCAACCAUGAGCAGCCUCAAUACCUCCAGCAAAAGAAAAAAGAAAAAGGAAAAUAUCUCAACAUGGGCAAGAAAGUUCAAAUCGGCUAUGGCGUCGACGUCGAUGCUGUGUCUGGCUGGAUCGGCUCCUAUGGCGGCGAAGACUCCAUCAGCGACAUUUCCCGUGGUCUGCAAGCCGGCGAGCAAAAUGUCCAUCGUCUCCUGAAAAUGUUCAAGAAGUACAAUAUGACGCAGACUUUCUAUAUCCCCGGCCACUCACUCGAGACAUUCCCCAAAGAAUGCCAGGCAAUUCGAGAUGCUGGCCAUGAAAUUGGGCUUCAUGGCUACACGCACGAAGAGCCGAACAAGCUCUCGGAAAAGCAGAACAGGGAUAUAUUCGAGUACACCUACGAAUUACUCACCAAGUUCGUUGGCGAGCCUCCGAAAGGCAUUGUCACGCCGAUGUGUCAGAUCUCAGCUGCCUCGUCCCAGCUUUUGGUCGACAAGGGAAUCGAGUACGACCAUUCUGCAAUGCAUAGAGAUUGUUUACCUUACUAUCUCCGUGUUGAUGACAAAUGGGAAAAAGUAAAUCCAAAUGCAGAAGCCGCAUCGUGGAUGAAGCCCCUUGUCCGCGGCAAGGUUACAGAUCUCGUUGAGAUACCGAUGAACUGGUAUCAAGAUGAUAUGAUUCCCUUGACAUUCAUUCAAAACAUGCCGAACUGCGGCGGCUGGAUGGAUCCCGACGUCCUCCUGAAGAUCUGGAAAGACCGCUUCGAAUACUUCUAUCGUGAAUACGAUUACUUUAUCUUUCCCAUGUGUAUACAUCCUGACACGAGUGGCCACCCACAUGUCAUACUUAUGCAUGAGAAAUUCAUUGAGUGGGUAAAUACACAUGAGGGCGUUGAGUGGGUGCCCAUCUAUCAGAUGGCGAGGACGUUCAAAGAGAAAUACCCAACGAAGGAACUCUGGCUUCAGGCGGAGGAGGCAAAUGGAACUACAAUUUGAAAAAAGAUGUUCUUGGAAUUACAAUCUCUUGGCUUAUUAGAGGAUGAAUUGCAUUAUCUUAGGGUAUUGUUAGUGAUAUGAUGCCAAACAAGUUAAACGUUUAAUAGUGGACAGAACCAAUUCAAG